AUUUACCUUUUUCGUUAUAUGAUUUAAGCAUGAGGUGAAUAAGCAUGUACUAUUAUAGUGAUUAGAGGGGAAUUUAAGCACUCUGGUGUUGGUAAUACAUGGACUACAUUUGAAGGGAAAAAAGGCAGCCCUGCCAGCUGACUAUACGGGACCUUUAAUGCAGCUGCAGCUCUUCAUUCAGAUGCUGAGUGGAGCAGCGGAUGACCGGAGGAGGGGACGCUUUUCUAGGGAAAACCACACCACAGCUCUUUUUCUAAUCGCAUUUUUGAAAGCCCACUUUGAUGCACACUGAGGGAUUUCCGCCGUUACUUAUAGUAUUUAGCUGGGGAAGCGCUGCCCUGGAUGCAGACUGAGCGGAUUGCGGCAUCAAAGCGUCCUGAGUGAUCGGAGCUCAGCGGCAGCAGCAGCAGCAGCAUCUCAUUGUAUGAAAUGCGUCACCGUGAUCCUGUUCUCCCAUUUACACAUAUCGGCUCUCCACUCACGGACUGUGCCCCGUACUGACAAUUUCACCAGGUAACCACAUGCGCGGGCCGGUGUCACCGCGCUGAGCCCGGAGAGCACGAAGGGUACUGGGGUCAGAGAGACAAGAGUGGCCGGGAAAGGUGGACCGGAUGACAGCCAGAACCUCCGAGGCCUCGGGACUGUCGGUGCCGCUGCACCGCUGUCACGGUGGUUCCCAGGCCAAUAACGACACCUCCUGCGCGGAGCAACUCAGCUUCUUCUCGCCGCUCUCCUCCACCCUCGCGCUCCUCGUGCUGGUGGCCGUGCUCGUGGGGAUCGUCCUCGUGUCCCUGGCCACCUUCCACUUCCACAAGAGGAAGCUCCGGAACAGGAAGAUCCAGCGCGCGCAGGAGGAAUACGAGCGCGACAGUCGCAGUCCCGCGCGCGGCGGCGGCGGCGCAGGGGCGAGCGGGGAGACCGCGAGGCCGUGCGUCAUCGUGCGCCCGGUGCGAUGUGAGGAGAGGCUCUCGUGCCAGAGCGCGGCGGAGAGCGUGGACGUCGCCUGCACCGGAGACCAGGAGCUGCAGGAGCCAGCUCCUCUUGACUGUUAACUUCAGGGAAUGAGACUGUGGAAUAAACAGGAAAAGCAAUAAGGCACAAAGAACUCCCACACCCAUCUCUGCUGCUUGUAGAUUACUUAGAAAUGCAGAAUACUAAGCAGAAUAGUCAGCCUAGAGGUAGUGGCAGUAGUACUACAGUGGCACAUUGGAUAGCUAUGUGGCCGCACACCUUCUUAUAGUAUUUAGCCAACCGGUAAUUCCUUAUGGGACUGUAUAAAGUAUUUGCCUGCUUUGACUUUUGGACCUCUUCCUCUCCCUCUGCCUAAAACGUUGUUUAAACCCUCAAAGAUGUUUAAACUUUAAAUCCUUCCUGGGAUGUGACACACAGUUGUGUUAAAUUAUUAAGAGUUUGGUGACACAACACAGACCAUAAUGGCUCGCUGAUCUUCCUUGGCAUGUCUCUCUGACACACUACCAGUAUGUAGUUAGACUAUAAUGGAUGUUGUGGUGCUGUUAGGCAGUGCAAAGCUGCAUAUAGGCUGUAGAAAAUGGCUUAUUUGUUUGCAUAGUAUUUUUUCCUUAAAUUAAGUGACUUAGCAUAUUUGCCUAAAGUACUGUCCUCCAAUGUCUGUUAGACAUCUGUAGGUAGCUCUAGUUAGCCUGACAGGAUGCAAGACUUUUUGCUGUAGUAAUGCACAUAAGAUUUUUUUUAAUGUGUCAGAUAGUAUAGCGCUAAUACAGUAUUUUCAUUUUUGAGUAUUUAUAAUGUAUUCUCUGACAUGUAAUAAAUUGAGAAUCCAACAGAGGGUUCAAGCCCGUCUUUUUUUAUUUUUAUCCGUCAUAUUGUAUCAUAGUGGGCCUAAUAGAAAUUCUGUGUCAUUUAUUAUAUGAAUUCACUGUAAAUGUAUGCCAUUAUGAGAGCUGGAAUGUUUUACAGUAACAUCAUCUUUCUGGAGUUCAUAUAAUCUGCCUUAUCAAAGGAAAUAUGUAAUAUUCUAAGUUUAUAAAUAAAUACUUACCUUAUGUUAAACCUUU